GGAAAAAAAGAGAGUAGAGAGCCCUCGAAACAGAGAGAGACAGGAGUUAAGAUGAUAACGACUGCGUUGAGGUUAGUUAAGACAAAAACUGAGAUUAAGAAAACUGCUACAUCAGUAGUUAGAAGGUUGAGCCACUUUUAGUUUUAGUGUACCUAAGGCUUUCUUGUUUUCAUUCAGCCAACGAAAAGGCACAGUAUUUUUAUGUUCUGUUUUGGAUGCUAACUAGCUUGCUCAGCAUUGUGAAUUUAUAGUUAGUGCUAGCUAAUCUAGUAGAGGAGUACUGUACUGUGUACCGCCGUCAUUUUGCAAACGAACGUGCUGCUCAAAUAGCACCUUAGUAACCCGGACACUCGUGGUUCCUUUGAGGCAGCCUACAUGGGAGCCAAGCCACUGAAUAGCGCUGCUAGCUACCAGGACCGUUAGCAGUUCCAUUCAGCUACGUGGGAGGACCAGUUUGCCAGGACCGAUUGCCGGCUAGCUACAUGGGAUUGCAAACAGACAGACUGGAUGCAAUAUCAACGGUGCACGCGGCACAAACGUGGUGGUCCUGUGUAUAGCUAUUAUGACUACACCGAGGAGCCCUCAGUGAGUAAAGAUCAUGACCUAAGCUGGCUGACUGAUCUGAUUGAUGAGACCGAUGAGUGUGGCCCUAAUCGGUGCCUCAAUAAUGGCGUUUGUUACAAUUUGGCGGCUGGUGGAUACCAGUGCUCCUGUCAAAGACCAUAUAGUGGCAAACACUGCCAAAUAUUCGUCAAUCCCUGUAAGGACGUCAUGUGUGGUUGGGGAGAGUGUGUCCUCACACAGACGGCUCCUUUUUAUGAGUGCAAAUGCAAAGCCCCCUAUAGUGGACAAUGCUGCAGGAAAGCUGCAGCCUGCAGACCUGACCCCUGCCUGAACGGAGCAACCUGCAAGAAGGGACGAACCAGAAACAAGUUUGAGUGCAUCUGUCCCACUGGCUACAGUGGAAAGUUCUGCCAAGUCGGGCCCAAGGACUGUUUUGUUGGGGACGGAGAGUCAUACCGAGGCUUUGUGAGUGAGACUGUGGACAAACACGAGUGUCUACCCUGGAACUCUCACCUUAUCCCCGGUUCUGGUGGUAACUUUAAUGACAGUGUUGAUGGACUGGGACCUCACAGCUACUGCAGAAAUCCUGAUGGAGAGAGCGUUCCUUGGUGCUUCAUCAAAGUUAAUAACACGCUUCGCUGGGAGUACUGCGAUGUCAAAGAGUGCACAGGGCCCAAGGACUGUUUUGUUGGGGACGGAGAGUCAUACCGAGGCUUUGUGAGUGAGACUGUGGACAAACACGAGUGUCUGCCCUGGAACUCUCACCUUAUCCCCGGUUCUGGUGGUAACUCUAAGGACAGUGUUGAUGGACUGGGACCUCACAGCUACUGCAGAAAUCCUGAUGGAGAGAACGCUCCUUGGUGCUUCAUCAAAGUGAAUAACAAGCUUCGCUGGGAGUACUGCGAUGUCAAAGAGUGCACAGGGCCCAAGGACUGUUUUGUUGGGGACGGAGAGUCAUACCGAGGCUUUGUGAGUGAGACUGUGGACAAACACGAGUGUCUACCCUGGAACUCUCACCUUAUCCCCGGUUCUGGUGGUAACUCUAAGGACAGUGUUGAUGGACUGGGACCUCACAGCUACUGCAGAAAUCCUGAUGGAGAGAACGCUCCUUGGUGCUUCGUCAAAGUGAAUAACAAGCUUCGCUGGGAGUACUGCGAUGUCAAAGAGUGCACAGUCAUCCGACCCUCCCACACCAACCCUCCCAGCCGACUCCCCACUGACCCUCCCAGCACCAAGGCUCCCCCGAGUCAGGAGUUUUCCCAAUGUGGGAAGCCCGAGCCUGGCCGCAUGAUUUCCAGGAUCUUUGAAGGGAAGAAGGCCAAGCCAGCCGCCCACCCUUGGCAGGUUUCCCUGCAGGUCAGGCCCCCAGGCUCAUCAAAGGCCCACAGACACAGCUGUGGAGGCAUCCUGAUUGGGUCCUGCUGGGUUCUCACUGCUGCGCACUGCAUUAACCCGAUGGAGGAGAUGCAGGUGGAGUUGGGUGGCGUCACCCUGCACAAGAAAGAGGACUUUGAGCAGAUCAUCGCCGUGGAGAAGGCCCUCAUCCACGAGAAGUACAGAGAGAGCCCUGAUGCCCUUCAUAACGACGUGGCUCUGCUGAAACUGAAGGGUUCAAAGGGCCAGUGCGCCAGAGAGACCAGGUUUGUAAAGACAGCCUGCCUGCCCACCGGCCCCCUCGCAGACUCCACCGAGUGCUCCAUAUCAGGAUGGGGGAAGACCGAGACAGAGCAUUCCAGCUCCCAGCUGCUGACAGCCAAGGUGCGUCUGAUCUCCCAGCAGCGCUGCACAGAUCCUGAUGUCUAUGGCGCCAGGCUGGACGACAACAUGAUCUGUGCUGGGAGCAUGCAAGGAGGGAUAGACUCGUGCCAGGGUGAUUCUGGUGGUCCUCUCGUGUGCGAGAAGAAUGGGACCCACUAUGUGUACGGCGUAGUGAGCUGGGGGGACAGCUGUGGUGUCGAGAACAAGCCUGGAGUCUACGUCCGAGUCACCCACUUCAUCGACUGGAUCGCAACUAAAUUAUUGACAGACUUGUAGUGGCACAGAUCAAUGGGUGUGUCUGUGUGCACAUGUAAGUGUGUGUGUGUGUGUGCACAUUGCAGCAGGGUUGCUGAAGCAGUUGCAGUUGAAAAGCAUUUAUUUUCCUUUUGAAAGUUAUAACCAAACAUUUUCACUUUUGUCAAACACCAUGGCCUAUUGGCUGAGUUUCUAUAUCAUAAAGCUGAACCGGUCAGUCAUCCACGUAAAAAUCACAUACAGUAUGUCUUCAAACACAAGGCCAUCCGUUUAAAAACUGCCACAAGGGGGCGCUAGACACUUUGCCAGAGCACAAGGCUGUGGUGUCUGAGACCACAAUGAUCGUCUUGCCUAAAGCCUACUCUUUGUUAAAGAACACAAUUACGUAUUGUUGAGUCUCACUUUACAAGUACUUCCUAUCAUUCCAAAUUUAAAAAAAAAUGUUUGAGGAG